AAUUUUUGUCUGCAUUUCUGUCAUGGCGGAAAGCCGAAAAAAAUGAGUUAAAAAUUUAAAUAAUAAUAGGAUAGUGAAUUUAUAAACAAGAAUUAAAAAUGUUAACCCGGAGAGUUGCUUUGUUGCAACAAUAUUCAUGUCUGAAAAGUGUUUAUUCGCGCAAAGCGACGGAAGCAAAGGUUAAUCCUUCAGAUUUGGCUUUCCCUGCCAAGACCAGGUUACCUAUUCCAAAACCCAAAAGUCCAAAAAGAGAUCCAUUUGUUAAAGAAUUUUUCAUAGGAAAAUUUGAUAAUGAAAUCUUGGCAUACCCCGAGCCGCAGACAGAUGAGAGGCAUAGGGAAUUUAGCGAAUGGCUCAAGCCUAUUCAAGAGUACAUAAAAACCGUCGACGCAAAAACGGUUUACGAGAGCCCCUCAUUCUCCGCAGAAAUGCGCGAGAGGCUCAAAGAGCUAGGAGUCUACGGCGGUAGAAUAUCAUACGACUACGACGGAAUCGAUUUAUUAGACUCGGAAUAUCUGAAACUCGUCGAAACUCUAUCAGUUGUUCCAAAAGUGGGUAUGAAUCUCAUCACCACCAACAACUUUCCCGUCGAAUUAUUAAAAAAAAGUGGCACAGUCGAACAAAAGUAUCAGUACCUCAGACAAAUCGCCAGCGGACACUACGUCCCAGUAACUUGUGCAAACGAGUCCGAGUACAGAGUUGAUCCCGAAAAAUUAUUUACAACGGCCGUUCUUUCCGACGACGAGACCUACUGGAGUUUGAGCGGUCAGAAAACAUUCAUCCAACAAGACAAUAAUGCCAAUCUUUUUAUUGUUUAUGCACGCGGCCAAGUGGGUGGUGACAGGCGGAAAUUGGAAAAUACCAUUUCAGCAUUUAUCGUCGAUAAAAAUAGUCCAGGUGUCGGCGAGUGCAUACCGGUCAAGUCGCCCUGGCUGGGAAGCGACAAUAUGUUCGCCGUGAAAUUUGACAAUGUCAAGGUUCCUUACGGAAAUUUGAUUGGCCAGAUUGGGGAUGGCGUGGACACCCUGGAAGAGUACUUCCUCUCGGACCUGGUGUUCUCUGCGGGUGUUUAUAUCGGCAUUUUGAAGAAUUAUUUGAACGCUUUGAUCAAGAAUGUGAUUAAUAAUGGUAUGUACGAUCGGGAAUCUGUGCAGAGUGUCAUUUCGAGAACGGCCGGUUCGCUGUAUGCAAUGGAGAGUGUUGCCUAUUUGACGACUGGUCUUUCGGAUUUGUAUGAGGGACAAGAUUUGAGGGCCGAGAAAAUUAUUGCCAAGGAAUUCUGCAGCAGAGAGUGCAUCGAGAGGUUGCAGGAGGGAUUCAGACUUUUGGACACGCAUAUUUGUAUGGGAACUUAUCCCUUGGAACAUGUGAUGAGGAACCACAUGUUCGGAAUGCAGGGCGAUGCCGAUUUAAAGACAUAUGCCGGAUUAUUAGGAAUCAAAUACGCAGGAUCUUUCCUGGGGGACUAUGUGAAGAAGAGCAGGAACCCGCUGGAAUAUCCUCAAUUCGUAAUCAAAAAAUUAUUUGGCAUCGUACCAGACUUCAAGCGACUUUAUCUCGAAGAAAAUCUUCAUCCUUCUUAUCAAACCCACGCUCAUUAUCUCGAGGAGGCCUUCGGCAGAAUGGACAGAUGCACCCGGCUUCUUCUAGUCCGCUACGGUGCCCAAUUGAUGACUCAUGAAAUGGAUGUUCAGCGUUUGAGCGAAAUGACCUCACUCAUUUAUGUGGUGACUGCACUUUUUGGACGAGCUUCUAGGGCUUAUUGCAUUGGUCUCAGGAACGCAGAUUAUGAUAUGAAAGUCGCAUCUGCUUUUGCUUAUAAGGCUUGGCAUCGAAUAGAAUUCCUCGGCAAAGAAAUUGAACACGGCGAUUAUCUCAAUGGUAAUAUGUAUCAUAAAGAAGUUUCUCAGCGACUGUACGAGAUGAAAAAUUAUUGCCUGGAGCAUCCUCUGGAGAGGAACUGGUAAAACGGUAUUUCCUAGGUUUAGUUGUAAUCUUCCGAGGAUUUGGAAAUUAAUGUAAGUCCUUAAAUAACAUUUCUUUGAAGUGUA